AGACAGUCUCAGAUUAUAGAAUGAUAGUUAGUGUUAGAACUUUAGUUGUGCUCUUUAUUCAGCUAUUGUAUGUUCGGCAAUUACCUGCUCUGUAUAGCCUGCUCUAUUUGUGCUAUGAGGAGUUACGUUGAUUAGAUACGUAUAUCAAUGUAUACUACAAGUGGAACAGGCUAGAUAAACCAAUAUUGUCGAAUGUGUAAGAGGGGGGCGUAACCUUCUUUCGGCUGAGCGUCAAGUGUGUUUUCGAACGGUUAUUAUUUAGUGCGCUUGACAGUCGAAAUUUGUUUGGAACUACUGACAGGUAUUCGACAGAAUGUUCGUAGAAUUCCUAGUGGGAUUGUCUGCUAUCUUGGUCUCACUUUAUUUAUACUUCAUACAUAAUUAUGACUACUGGAAGAAAAAAGUGGUCAUAUUUAUUAAACCAAAAUUUCCUCUAGGAAAUUUUCAUGACCAAUUCUUUGGAAAAGCAGACAUUGGAAACAUUAUAGAAAGAGAUUACACUGUAUAUAAAAAAAAGGGGCUGAAAUAUGUUGGUUCCUUCUCACUCCGGGAGCCAAACCUUAUGCUCAUAGAUUUGGAUCUUUGCAAACACGUGCUGUCGAAAGACUUUAAUCACUUCGUUUCGAGAGAUUUCACAGUUACAACUCAUGAAUAUCUUUCAAAACAUUUAUUUGCACUCGAUGGUCAGGAGUGGAAAGACAUGAGGGUAAAACUGACUCCGACCUUUACUUCGGGGAAGAUGAAGAACAUGUUCCAGCUGAUGGGGAAAUGUGCGGACCAACUCCAGGACCACAUCGACAGAGUAAUCCUGCAUAAGGGGAAGUUUGAGGUGAAGGAUCUGAUCGCCAGGUUCACCACAGACAUCAUCGCCACUUGUGCUUUUGGGCUGGAGGUCAACUCCAUCGAGAACAGGGACGAUGAGUUUUACAGAUUAAGCCAGGUGAUAUUUGUACCAACGCGGUCGUUUUUCUUAAAGGCUAUUAUACACAGAGCUUUUCCUACAAUCGCAAAAGCGAUUAAGCUGGAUAUAUUCCACCCGAGAUUAUCAGCUCUUUUAAGAAUCAUGAAGAGCACUAUUGAAUACCGCAGAACGAACAAUGUUACAAGAAAUGAUUUUAUAGAUCUACUCAUGAAAGUGAAAGAAAACAAGUCUCUUGUGGAUGAUGAAGAUCAAAUCGUCAACGAAUCUGACAGGUCCGGCUGUCAAAAUCAUGGAAAGGAACUGCUGACACUGGAAGAGAUGACCGCGCAAGCGUUCGUGUUUUUGGCAGCAGGGUUUGAGACAGCGGCCUCUACCACCAGCUUCUGUCUGUACGAGCUGGCCAAGAGUCCGACAGUACAGGAGAGACUGCGGCAAGAGAUUGACGAGGUGUUGGCCAACUACGACAACAAGAUAACCUACCAGGCGCUACAGGAUAUGACUUACAUGGACCAGGUUAUCAACGAGACUCUGCGGAUGUACGCUUCUCUGCCAUUCCUGACCAGAGUCUGCACGGAAAGGUACCAGUUCCCUGGCACUGACCUGGUCAUCGAGAAGGGUGUAAGGGUGAACAUCCCUACUUACGCCAUCCAUCACGAUCCCGACAUCUACCCGGACCCUUACAAGUUCGAUCCUGACCGCUUCUCUGAGGAAAACUCCAAAGACCGACACCAUUACGCUUUCCUCCCCUUUGGCGAAGGCCCUAGGAUUUGUAUUGGUAUGAGGUUCGGCAAGCUCCAGGUGAAAGUCGGUCUGGCCGCCAUCUUGUCCAAGUACCAGCUAUCUCCAGCUCCAGACACUCCAUCCAAGAUGGAACUUAAUCCUCUGAUCGCCGUUACUACUCCCAAACACCCUUUUAGUCUUAGGAUCACAAGAAGACCAGAUAAACUUUAACAAUUAACUUGUCAAAACAAACUCAUUAUGUAACUUUUAAUUAAAUAUUUGAAAAUAUAAUUUAUUUUACUUAGACAAA